AUGUCCAUCGCCAGGCUCGGCUACAAGGUCUGCCUCGUCGACGCCGACAUCGGCCUCCGCAACCUCGACCUCCUGCUCGGCCUGGAGAACCGAGUCAUGUACACGGCGAUGGAGGUGCUGGAGGGGGAGUGCCGCAUGGAGCAGGCGCUCAUCCGCGACAAGCGGUGGCGAUCGCUCGCGCUCCUCCCAAUCUCCAAGAAUCGCCAGAAGUACAACGUCACCAAGGAUUCGAUGUCCCUCCUCAUCGACAUCCUCAAGGACAUGAACUUCCAGUACAUCUUCAUCGACUGCCCCGCGGGCAUCGACGUCGGCUUCAUCAACGCCAUCGCCGGCGCCAACGAGGCCGUCAUCGUCACCACGCCGGAGAUCACCGCCAUCCGCGACGCCGAUCGCGUCGCUGGGCUCCUCGAGGCUAACGACAUCUACGACGUGAAGCUCAUCGUCAACCGGGUCCGCGCGGACAUGAUCAAGAAGAACGACAUGAUGAGCGUGAAGGAUGUUCAGGAGAUGCUCGGCGUGCCGCUCCUGGGCGCCAUUCCGGAGGACACGGAGGUGAUCGUGUCGACGAACCGGGGCGAGCCGCUCGUGCUGAAGAAGAAGCUCACGCUCGCGGGGAUCGCGUACGAGAACGCCGCGCGGAGAGUGGUGGGCAAGCAGGACUUCCUCAUCGACCUGGAGCAGCCCAAGAAGGGACUGCUGCAGCGCACGAAGGAGUUCUUCACCGGCAGCGACUGA